AUGGCUGCUACGGAAUCAGCCCUUCCGGAACUCAACAGCUUCCUCCCGAUUGACACUAGGAUCGCGGGGAAUCCAUUCUCCGACCUACCCCAGCAUGACGAGGCACUCGAUCUCAAAUUAAGUUCCCAAGAUUUGAAGGUCCAAGCUCAAGUGGCGGUGACGGAUAUUUCCUCAGGACAAAGCAGCGGGGAGGAAAAUGAUCUUAGCCCGCUGGAUCCAGAGCCGCUUCCCGUCGUUGAGUCGCCAUUAGUAUCGGAAACGGUCGAUCCUGAUCCUUUAGCGAAACCCCCGCUGACCCGGCGAGAUUCAGCCUGCUAUCUAGACGAGAAGGCUGGAUCCGCGCCUGUCACCGACGACAUCGGACAUGGAAAGUUCGAGGACCAGUCUGAUACUGCUCCCGCCACCGGGGCCAUUCCUGAAAGUCCGACACCAAAUGUGUCGGCGCUCAUAGUAGACCUCGGUGAUGUCUUGUGUAACUGGACCGCACCAGAAGCUCUGCCAGUAUCGCCGGCAAUGCUGCAUCGACUCCUCAAGACUCGCUUCUGGCAUGAAUACGAUUCAGGUGUGAUCACUCAAGAAGAAUGCUACAGCCGUCUUGCUACACAGUAUGGCCUUUUGUUAGCUGAUGUGGCCGAAGCAUUUAAGCAGGCCGCGCUAUCUCUCAGUCCUGAUGAAGAGGUCUUUGGUAUGAUCCGAGGAUUGAAAGAGACUUAUCGGGGCUCUUUGAAAAUCUAUCUCAUGUCAAACAUUCCCUUGCCUGAAUGGAACGCCUUGGAAGGGGAUGCACGGUACGACUGGAGCUUGUUCGAUGGCUUCUUUAUCUCUGCUCAAGUGGGCAUGUGUAAGCCUGAGCUUGGAUUCUUCCGGCAUGUUCUCAACAAGAUCAAUAUGAAGCCGAAGGAUGUGAUAUUUGUGGACGAUAACGCGGAAAACAUCCUCGCGGCCAGGUCGCUUGGCAUCAGGUGCCUCAGAUACAAGGAUGCUUCCGGGUUGAGGCAAUUCAUCCACCACAUCUUCGAUGAUGGCGUCGACCGGGGACGAGAGUGGCUGUACAAGAACGCUAAGACCAUGUGGUGCGUCACCCCAGAAGGACGAGAAGUCAGAGACAAUUUUGCCCAGCUCUUCUUGUAUGAAGCUGCUGGUGAUUUAGAUCUUGUCUCGAUGACAUUUUAUGAGCGUACAUGGAAUUACUACAUCGAGAAACCCAUCGAUACGGUGGAAAAGCACCCCGAUGACAUCGAUACCACUUCGCUGGCGAUGAUCCUGCUGCCCCACGACCUCGAGAAAGCACAUUCAAUUCUCGACCAAGUCCUCCUGUACACUAACAGAGAUGGCAUUAUUCUCGUGAGUAUUCUCCCUAAGCCAACCUUCCGAGGAGGAGAUACCGACGCUUCACAGACAUAUUUUGACAACAAGCGGCCUCGUAUCGAUCCCGCCGUCUGCGUCAAUGCUCUUCGCUUCUUUCACAAAUAUGGUCGGGACGACUUGCCCGCGCUACAGCCCACAAAAGCCUGGGUUUCGGAUGUCCUCUUCUACCGAGCGUACCUCGAUGGAACGUACUACUACCCCAGCGGAGACGUCUUCUUGUACCUUUUCAGUCGCCUCCUGGUUGCAAAUCCCGAGAGCGACAUAUACCGCAGCACUUGUGCCCUCCUGCGCGAGCGACUGCAAGAACGAGUCGGGUCACCAGGGGAUUCGGUGGAGCUGGCCAUGCGAGUGAUUGCUUGUCUUGAUAUGGGUCUCAAGAAUGAAGUUGACCUGCGGAAGCUGGAGGCGUUGCAGGAGGCAGAUGGCGGGUGGCCGGUCGGCUGGCUCUGUCAAACAGGUAAAAUCAGUUUGAAGAUCGGCAGUCGAGGCGUGGCGACGGCGUUGGCGGUCAAGGCCAUCGAGACGGCGCGGAGGAGUGGGAAAUGA